UGGAUAUUGGUCCCAGAUUCAUAAAUAAAUAUAGCCAGGGUGGAUUUUCCCCACUUCCCUCCCCAAAAAGAACCCACCCCAGUGAGGUCAUUUCAAUGAGAGUGAAGGAGGCGAUCAGACAAGGUCGACUUUUCUGGAGGAGACACAGCCUGCGAGUGGAGCGUGGUGCUGAAUUUAAUCUGCGUUCCCGAGCCUCUGGGAGAGCGCGGGAGAGACGCCGGAAUACAGCUCCAGGCCAGGGAAAAGCGAGGAAGCCUUGACCGGGCUCGUCGGAAGCCCGACUCCUUCCCCGGGCGAGCCAAGCGGAGGCUGCUGGAGACAUCGGAGCGUGACCACUGGGGUGGGAUCGGAAGAGGCGGCGGUACCUUGGAGAGCUCCGAGCAAACCUCCUUGCCAGGCGCGCCCGAGGAUUAGCCCAGCUGGCCGCAGCUGCGGCGGGCGGCGACUCGCCGGGCUCCAGCCCUCGGCCAACGGGAGGCUCCCUGUGUGCGAGGCUGCCUGGGGCUUGGGGGUCUCCUGCCCGGUGGCGGAGGAGAGGCGCCUUUGCCUUGGGCAUGCUCGGCCUCCCAGCUGCAGAUCUGACGCUUCGCCGCUAAGGAGGAGGAAGAAAAGUUUGGGGGAACCCGAGGGGGGGGGGAGGCGCUGGAGAGAAGGCGGAUGGUUUGUUUUCCGGGCUGAGCUGGAAGGAACGAUGACCCAGCGAGGAUGUGCACCAGCAGCCACACCAUUGGGAGCCUCUUGGUGCUCUCCGUGCUGGAGAUAGGGCUGGGGGUCUCCAGCGUGGCCGUGGGGGCGGUCAGUUUCAGCCUGGUCCUUGCGGAGCAUAAGCCUCAGCUGGGAGACUCUUCUCCGGUAUGGAGCGGGGUGUGUUUUCUGCUUUGUGGCAUAUGUGGAAUAUUGUGUGCCAAAAAAAAAUCUGGACUUGUCAUGAUCCUUUUUUCAGCCUGUUGCAUCUGCGGACUAAUUGGAGGAAUAUUAAAUUUUCAGUUCCUUCGUGCUCUGACAAAGAAGUCCUCCACGCUUUAUUCUUUGCAUCUUACUUCCAUGUCUCUUGCAUGCAUUGGAAUUGGAGGUUGCACACUUUCUUCCUGGCUCACUUGCCGGCUAGCCAGCUAUGAACAAAGGAGAAUGUUCUCCGAAAGGGAGCAUUCACUGCAUCAUUCCCACGAAAUGGCAGAGAAAGAAAUGACAGACAAUAUGAGCAAUGGAGGACCACAGCUGAUUUAUAAUGGAAGAGUGUACGAAAAGAUUUAAGAAGUUCAAGGAAAAAAUAUUUUUACGAUUUUCUUCAGGACAAACAAGCAGACACCAAGAGACUGAGAUGAAAUGGAAACAGUCUUGGCUUUUAUUGCUAGAAUUUCACAACUGCAGAACAGCACAGUUGCAUUUCCCUUUAGAAAUAUAUCUAAAAUUUCUCUCCCAAGGAUUUUGUGGAUAUACAGUAUUUAUUCACUCCACCUCUAUUCCUUUUUUCUUUUUGUCUGAAUAACUUUCCAGAAUUAUUAUAGCACUUGAAAUAGACUUUUCAGACUCUUUUUCUCAUGAAGACUUUUUUAAAAAAUCCCGUUUAAAUGGAGAGGGUUUAACCAGUAGAUCAUACAGUGGAGUCUGUGCAAAUUAUACUUGUUAAAAGCUUGCAUUACACAUGCAGAGUCCAAAUGAGUGAAAGAUGAGAGCGCUGAAAACAACACUGAUGUCUUUGUUUUGAAAGACAGAAUGCUUUAAGAAUUCCAUAAAUCAAAACCUCAACAAUGCCUUGUUGUAAAGAAAUUGUAAAUAUUUCC